AUGACUCCUUCAGUACUUGUGGACCAAACUAGCCAGAUCACUCCGACAAAGUCGCUAGUGAGCGACCGCACUCUUCUCAAAGUCUCACACCCCAAUCCCUCGUUACAAGUAACUGCAGAUCAUCAUCUCAAAUCAGUUGAUGCGCCUGUUUAUGCCCCUCGACCAGGUGAGGCAUUAGUUCAUAUCAAGGCCACCGGAAUCUGCGGAUCUGAUAUUCACUUCUGGAAGACUGGACGAAUUGGAGCUUUAGUCUUUGAAGGUGACUGCAUUAUAGGCCAUGAGGCUUCCGGUGUAAUCUUGCAGUGUGGUGAUGGAGUGAAUCAUUUGAAGCCCGGUGAUAGAGUUGCUGUCGAACCCGGCGUGCCCUGCGAACAUUGCUUCCUCUGCGACGAUGGCCGGUACAACUUGUGCGAGGAUGUUCAGUUUGCCGGUGUUUACCCUUAUGAAGGUACCAUUCAGCGAUACAAGAACCACCCUGCGAAGUGGCUGCACAAGCUGCCAGACAAUGUGAGCUUCGCCGAAGGUGCGCUUCUCGAACCACUCUCCGUAGUGAUGCACGGUGUCAAGUCGGCUGGGCUCUCGCUGGGUCGGGGUGUAGUUGUAUUUGGCGCGGGUCCCAUUGGACUGAUUGCUUUGGCCGCAGCCCGCGCCUCAGGGGCCCAUCCGAUUGUGAUCACCGAUUUGGAGCCCACACGAUUGGCGUUUGCGAAGGAGUUCGUCCCUUCGUGUGUGACCUACCAGGUGGAUCGUACCAAGGAUUCCCAGGAAAAUGCAGAGGCUAUUCGUGCUCUCUUUGGGGCUUUCGAAUAUGUCGCACCCGAGACUGUACUCGAGUGUACUGGUGUGGAAAGCAGUGUGUGUACCGCAGCGUACACUGCCCGACGAGGAGGUACCGUUAUGGUGAUUGGCGUUGGGAAAACGAUCAUGAACAAUCUACCUUUCAUGCAUCUUUCUCUUGCUGAGAUCGAUCUCCGAUUCAUCAAUCGCUAUCGUGAUACCUGGCCACCAGCAAUUUCUUGCCUGAGUGGCGGGGUUUUGGAUUUGAAAAAGCUUGUGUCCCAUGUAUUCCCUCUGGAAAAGGUACAGGACGCACUUCAUUUAUGCGCUGAUACCCGGAAUGGUAGUAUCAAGGUCUUGGUGGUGGAUGAACAGGAGGCUUCGCUAUGA